GCGAUUAGCCACGUCACCAAUCGGUUUCGACCUGGUUUCAACCUCGUGGCCACCAAGCAUGACGGACGACCACGACGUUGGCGCCUUUGUGCUCUUGCUUGUGCAGGACUUUCUCAAAGCGUCGGGCCUCCACACCACCCACUGCGCCUUUGUGCAGGAGCUCCAGAGCCUCGAGCGGCCGCCGCCAUCGGCCAGCGUCUGGUACCACAUGCUUGACGCGGCGGGGCUUCCCGCGCUCCAGGACAGCUUGUAUCGCGAGAAGCCGCCGUCCUUCUUGCAUGUCCUUGUGGAGUUUGCGAUUUCGGAGCGCGAGAAGCGGCGGCGGGCCAAAGGCCCCGUGCUUGUCCAAGUCGCUGGAGGCUUGCGACCAAAGUCGGCCUUCGCAGCGUCGACACCGCAGCUGCCCACGUACAACAACACCAAGGUCGACAGCAACAACAACAACAACGACAAUCGUAACAGCGACAGCAACAACAACAGUAGCAACAAUCAGGACGAAGAGAAGCGGGCGACGCGCCUCGCUCGCGCCUCGGCCUCUCUCUCGACGCUCAAGCCAGCGCGAGCCAGCGCGGCGUCGCUACCGAGCCGCAAGGUCAAGGGCGUUGGUAAGCGCAGUAGUAGUGUCGAGGAAAGCACCGUGCCAGCGCCUAUAAGUCCAGCCUUGGAACGCAUUCGGCGCCUCUCCCAGGUCGCAACGACGACCGGUAUCUUUACGUUGCCGCAGAUCGUGACGCUACACGACGACAAGUCGAUCGCGCCCGAGUCCAAGGACGAUGACGCCAAUGCCGGUUCGCGCGAAAAGUGGAUUCCAGAGCACAAGCGCGUGUACCGACUCCGUCGGCAGCUCCUCGAGAUGCACGUCGACCUCAAGGCCCAAGAGACGUUUGAGAGAGCUAAGUACUUCCAGCAGUUUGGCAAGCCGCCGGUCGUCGGGCCGGACGAGCGCGUGCCCGUCGCGUGCAAUUGCAACCUCGUGCUCGAUAUUCCGUACAAGAUUAUUAUGGACCUUCGGCGACACUGGGAUGCGAGCCUAAAGGAGCUCAACCCAAGCAUCGCACGGCCACCGGCCUGCUACGACUGCGUGAAGGUCUGCGCCUUCUGCGCCCAGCUCGUCCAGCACGCGCAUGAUCAACAGAGCGAGAAGCCAGACAAGGUCAAGACCAAAACGAAACGAGCUACAGUGGUCGAACUUGCGCGCCGCCCGUCGAUCGGCGCGCCAUGCACGGACCCGUAUGCGCUGGACCCGUACUUUUCGGCGCUGGACCCGUACUUUUCCGAGUCGAGCAGCUCGGACGACGAGGCGGGCCGGUACAUCAUUGGCACGCUUCCUCAAAGGCGAGGUCGGGCGGCAGCUGCGUGGGGCGUCAUCAUGGGCGACUCGGAGCCGCGGGGGCACAUCUUCAAGCACAACUCGCUGGUAACGGGCGAGCGCACGCUCGCGCCGUCGCUGCGGACGAUCUUAAACGAUAGCCGCCACGGCUCGUGA